AUGACCGGUAUCUGCGCCAUCUCCAGUGUUGCAAAGGCAAAGAUUCGGGAGAAGGCCCACGGCGAGCCCCAGCCAGAGCUCGUGUUCAUGCGGUACAACCUGCCCCACGUUCCCUAUAUCAGGACAUGCGGGGAGACACUCGACAAGCUUGGUCGCGCCCACUCGAGCGAGGAGGCAAUAGCGAUUAUACGAGCCUACAUCGAGCCCCAGGUUCUCGACAAGAAGCGAGGGCAGCCGCGGUGGUCACUGACUACUCUAGAGCACAGCACGCCCAGCUGGCACCAUGAAAUGCAGAUUGUCCGUGAAGCUUUCGACAUUGACACGGGUGUCGAGGUGUAG